GUCAACAAGUGCCUUUGGACCAAAGUCCAACACCACAUGACUUCAAGAUAUCAGGAAGUGGAACCUGAGGAGCUCUGGAGAAUCACUGCGUUUUAUAGAAAGGUGUGUGUUUCAGACAUGGAGAUCUACUGGAGAUUUGUGUUGCUGUGCAUUAUGCUGGUAGCAAAUGUGACACCGGUGUCUGCAGCAGCACAGCCGGGUUUCAUAGAGAGCCUCCUAUUGGCGACCCACCAGCGUCCCUGGCUCUGGGGCCUCUAUGUCUUCUGUGUUGGUCUUCCCAUCAUUCUUUUCAUUAGCUUCAUGUGGCCCGACAAGCGGUUUGGACCCCCUGAUCAGCCAUAUUACUAUAAGAAGUCUGAUGAUGUUCAACAAGAUGAUCCUGAGGUCUCACUGCGGACAAAGUCCAUCAACACCAAAGAAAGGAGACCAACUCCCCAUGCCCCGCAUAAAAACAAGAAGAGGGUUUACUCUGAAGAAAAGGCUGAUGGAGCUGUAACAAGAAGAAGAGACACUCAUGGUAAUCAGAGGAAGUCUGACUUAAACCAGAAGGAUCAUUGAUCGGUGCAAUGACCUCGGGAGAGGAAUGCUCAACCAUCACGCAAGAGGGAGCAUUGUCCACGGACCGAACACAUCUUUGGCCCGUUGAGAUGAUGGCUGGAAGAAACCACAGACUGAAAAACACAACACAGUCUGAGCAGGGACUUUAACAUGGUUUAGCUUAACUAACAAAAUCAUAUUAGCUUAUGAUUAUGAUAUAUUUCAUUUGGACUUAGAACCAUGCUUCAGCUUUUCUAGCGACCGUGUCAUCAGGUCAGUUGGUUGUUUGAUUUUACAUUGCUAUAAAAUAAAUAACACAUCCAUAUAUGGGAUUAAUAUACUAUCUUUAUUCAAGAGCAUGUUUUUAAGUUUUGAGAGCAGUACUUAUUGAUUUUACAUUCAGAUGUUUUCAUUCUUUCUCUCAAAAACCUCUCUUUGUACUCAAAUAGUUGCUGCUUGUGCUUAAAUUUUCUCUGUUUGUGCUCGAAAUGUUUGCUUGCUCUCAGAUUCUGCAAGCUGUGAUGAUGAUCAAUCCUUUGAGCUGCAUCUGCUGGCCUACCAUCGUGUUCGUCUUUAAAAACUAAACCAAAGUAAAAGAUCAGACCUUAAGAAAG